GUUGCAUACUUUCACGUGGGUUUGUUUUUGUUUACACCGGAACUAAGGUCAUCCUCACUUCCUGAUUCAAGGUGAUCAAGGUCUAGGCUGAUCAGAAGAAGAAAUGGUGUUAUUCGAGUUGAAACCAUGGACGUUCUAUGAGGAAGGCAGCACAAGAUUCUGGGUUCACUAUGGCCUGGUUAUAUUUGGGUGUGUGUUGGCAGCCAUCACUGCAUGUGUCCAGUGCUGUAAACCUGCUCCAUAUGGCCGACAUGAAAUGGAGAAUGGAGGAUGGGGUCCCAAGAUUCCUCAGCGUCUCAGUCACAUUAUUUCUGAUGCAUUGCCUGGUGUUGUCAUGUUCUUGUUGGUGUUCUUCCUGUAUGGUUCUGUGAGGUUCUACCAGAACUAUGUGUUCCUGGUGCUGUUCCUGCUUCACUACAUCCACAGGGGCAUCAUUCAUCCCUUGGUGAUGAGGUACAGAAGCCCCAUGGUGUACAUAGGAAUAUGUAUUGGUGGAUUUUUACCCAACUGCAUUUUUCACUUCAUCAAUGCUGAUUUUAUAAGCUCGGCCACAUAUGCAGCUCAUUAUUACUAUGAUCCUCGGUUCAUAUUGGGCAUUAUUUUGUACAUUAUUGGCUUCGUCAUAAACAGAUGGGCCGACUGGAGACUCCGCUCCCUGCGGAACACCAAAGGAGUAGUUGAUGGAGGGACUAAUUACAACAUUCCAUAUGGAGGACUGUUUGAGCUGGUCAGCUGCCCCAACUACUUCGGUGAGCUGGUGGAGUGGACAGGCUGGUGUCUAGCAACAUGGUCUCUCGCUGGGCUUGUGUGGCUGCUGUUCUGUGCUGCAACAUUUGUACCCGGUUCCAGACAUAAUCAUCUUUGGUACAAGCAGCAGUUUGAGCUGUAUCCCCCUAGCAGGAAGGCGUUGAUACCAUUCUUGUUCUGAUGCUCAUGGUGGAUGGAACUGCAGCACACAAACUAAAUAUGCGGCCUUGACCUGUGUUAAAGGUCACCUUGACCUUACUAUGUCCCACAUGACAGCUUG